UUUUACUAUUUUUACGAUGAAUUCUAUGAGGAAAUUUCUUCUUUCCCGGCCUGGCAAGCUACUCGUCUAUCGAGAGAUUACGAAUGUAGACAUGGCUUGCAAAGCAAGACUGAUGUCAUCCUCGAGUAGACGUGGGUCUGCAGUGACAACUCAGUCCCAGUUCUUAGAAGCCAAAGUUCCACAGCUUAUGUCAAACUCAAACGAGAGAGGGAAUCAGCAUUCACCAUGGAUACCUGAUUCGACUGUCCAAGAAGUCUGUGACCAUUACCAGGGGCUAGCCGAUGAGGGCAAGUCAAACUUCAUGUCUGCUGUGGCAUCAGGAAUGGGUGUGAGACAUGACAAGAUCCUAACGGAAGCCAGUCAACUGCAAUCCCAAGUGGGUCGUGAGGAUGCGGCCAUUCUUCAGGCCGAGAAGCGUCUCCGCCUGUCCCUCGUCCCAGGGUACUCCACUCUCUUUUCCCACAUCAGUCGACUUCAGGGCGGGGUCAAGUUCCUUGUUGAUCUACGAGCAGACCUACUGGAUCACUUAUUGUCUCAGCAAUCACUCCAAAACGAAGCUGAAUUGAAGGCGUUGAACGACACAUUAAAAGAUCUUCUGAUUGGUUGGUUUGCUGCCGGCAUGCUGAACCUGGAGAGAGUCAUGUGGUCAUCAUCAUGUGACAUGCUUGAGAAGAUAAGUCAGUAUGAGGCUGUCCAUCCUGUAAGAAACUGGACAGACAUCAAGCAUCGAGUAGGGCCGUACAGGAGGUGUUUUGUUUUCACACACAGCAGCAUGCCUAACGAACCGCUCGUCAUCUUACAUACCGCCCUCACAAGAGAUAUUUCAGCCAGUAUCCAGUCCAUAGUUCGUAAGCAGAAUGACAUAGCAGUUGGUGUCAAAUCAGGAGAAGAGAAUCCCGAGGAGGCCCAGGCCGCUAUUUUCUACUCCAUUACAUCAACUCAGAAAGGUCUUCAGGGUGUAGAGCUUGGGAACCAUCUCAUAAAGAGUGUCGUCAAGGAGCUACAGUCCGAGUUCCCCAGCAUGCAUCUCUUCUCCAGCCUGUCUCCGAUCCCUGGUUUCAGGGACUGGCUCAUUUCACAGAUCAACAAGCAGGUCAAAGAUGAACAUAACACCAGCUUAUUCACUUCACAAGAGCUAGACUCAUUCAAGUCUGCUUUAAAUAUCACAUCACCACAGGCAUUGUCAACCCUGAAGAAAGUCAUUGUGACGAAUGAGUGGGUCAAGUCAGAAAGCCUAGUCAAGAGUCUACAAUCUCCUCUCAUGAGGUUAUGUGCAAGGUAUCUGUAUGUAGAGAAGAGACGUAAAAUGGCACUGAACCCUGUUGCUAACUUUCAUCUUCGGAACGGAGCAACCAUGUGGCGCUUGAACUGGUUGGGUGACACGUCCCCACGAGGUCUAGCUGCCUCGUGCGGGAUGAUGGUUAACUAUCGUUACUACCUUGAGAACACGUCGAGCCUCAGCCAGCGCUACAUCGAAACGCAGAAUAUCAAGGCUUCAAAACAGAUUCUUGAUUUGGUGGGAAAUGGGUCGUCUAAUGCCGACAUGGGGACGGUAAACAGCAAGUUAUGAUGAUUGUUAAAGAAGUAGUAAUUUUGUGGGUAGCUACAUGUAAUCUGUUCUGUUGUAAACUAUAGUGCUUGAAAAACAGGUAUAGCAUUUACACCAAAGAGAUCCUAUUUAUCAUAAUAAUUUUGGAUAAAAAGUGCUAUUUACAGUGAUACUCAGAUGUGACUCAAGAAAUAAUUAAUGGACAAGUUUGGAGAUAAAUAUUUGGUCUUAGAUAUACUGUGUAUUGGGUCACUCAGGUAUCAUCUGCUGGAGCCUGCCCUGUCCAAAAGGGGCCAAGCCCCCAGCCCCCCCCCCCCAAAAAAAAAAAUAAAAAAAAAUAAUGGGUAUACUUGCCCUUAAUCUAAAGUUAGAAGAUAUUCCUAUUAAGAAAUAUUCCUUAAUAAAUCAUAUGCACUGUAUCUACCGUUUUCUGGGGAGUGGAUUCUUCAGGAAAAAGUAUCCCCCUUCUUUAAUUUUUAAAAUUUUUAUAAUAGAAAUUGUGAUGUAAUGCAACGAAAACUCCUUGGGACAAGUAAACUACCUUGUUUAACCCAUUCAUUAUAGGAACCAGGUAUUCCAUAUAUGUAAACCUGAGAAUAUCAGUGAUUUAGUGGUCAAAGGGUUAAAAUGAUACCUUGAUAUAGCAGUAAUAAUCAAAAAUAUGAUGAAACAUCUGUACAAAUUAAUCGGACAGGCAAAAAUUGCACAACCCUGUGAAAAGGAAAAUUGUAAAUUAAUUUUUGUAUAACAAUUAAUUGUAACAAUGUUCCCCUGUAACAUGUCUAAUAAAAACGAAGGAAGUAUGCAAUGUGAUCUUGACCGUUUUCCUAUUAAAUAAGAAAAAAAAAGAGCAAAAUUUCUCACCUAAACCUUAGUUUUAAAAAUAUGUUUAUUGAGAGCUCUUAUAUUGUAACAAUAAGAUGCCUUUGAGCUCUGAACAGACACUAUUUUAAUACUGUAAUUCUUGAACCAUGUAUUCAUUAUACAUGACAUGGGGGAGAAAUGUGUCUCUGAUUAAUGAUUUAAGUAUAGAUUUUGUGUUUGUGUUCAUCAUUUGAAGAAUGAUACAAAGAAAUUUAAAUAAUUUAUAAAACGAUUAAGUGCAAUAAAGUUAUAAACCAAUAUCUUUAUUUCCAUAAAGUGAUGAAAAAUUGUACUUCUGUGACUUCAUUUUAAAUCUUGAGUUUAUUAUUAUUUCACACAAUGAUAAAGCUGACGGGAUGGAGAGAGAUUGUGACCUUAAGGUUUGUUCAAGUAAAACACGGGAAAUCGUGGUUGGUUUUACGUGUAAAUGCAUGGCCACUGCAUGCAACAAAGGCCCUAUGCGUAUUGUGUUACAAGAUACAGAAAUGUGACGCUUUUGCCAUGCCAUAUUUGAACAAGGCUUUAGUUUUGCUAUAAUGUUUAAGGCAGGCAUAAUCAUGAUCAUGACAAUCAGAGUUGUGCAUGUGUAAAUGAAAAGAAAAUGACAUAUAGUGCGCUCUUCAGGUGCUAUAUAUAUAUAUAUAUAUAACAAUAACAUUGUUGGAAAACGACGGACUAUGACUGUUGGUUCAGUAUUUUUAUAAAUUGUAUAGAUGUACUCCUAUUGCACAAUAAACUCACCUGUAUGAUGCAUUUGAAUAUGAA